AUGACUGUCCCCAAGGUAUCCGUGGCCCAGGCGGUCACGGUGAGUCUCAAAGAGCUCGAAAAUGAGGCCCUCGAAAGCCCAGAGUCAAGGUACCUAGUAGGCUGGUCCUGCGGCAAAGAAACCCUCAAAUCGGGAACCUUUGAUACCCUAAAGGGCUCCUACUACGUCAACUGCGCCUUCUACAAGGAUCCAACCCUGCAAAGUGCCCCGUCUGAAGGCUUCCCCGAUCUACCACAGUACACAGCGCCCAAUAUCUGGCCAUCCCCCGCACGCCUGCCGACAUUCAGAUCCAGCAUCGAGAGUCUAUGUACCCUAAUCAUUGACACAGCGGGACUCGUCGCGCAAGCCUGUGAUCGUUACGCAGAGGCUAAUAUCGACGAUUAUAAGCCUGGCUAUCUCCAGCGCGUCGUCAAAACAAGUCUCACCACCAAAGCUCGACUCCUCCAUUAUUUCCCAUCAACCGAAACCGGGAAAACAGAGGAUGAUGACGACGACUGGUGCGCAACCCACGUCGACCACGGCUGUCUAACAGGUCUUACAUCGGCCAUGUUUCUUGACGAAGAAGCUUCCCUGCCUAUUCCAGACCCAUCAUCUCCGGACUUCGUUCUCACUGAACUUCCGCAGUCUCCGGAUCCGGAGGCAGGGUUGUAUAUUAGUUCCCGUGCGGGGGAUAUCGUUAAGGUGAAUAUUCCGAAGGAUUGUCUUGCUUUCCAGACGGGGGAGGCGUUGCAGCUUAUUACGAGGGGGAAGUUUAGGGCUGUGCCGCAUUUUGUGAAGGGAGCGAAGUGUGCUGGAAAUGGCAAGAUUGCGAGGAACACGUUGGCUGUUUUCACUCAGCCCAAUCUUGAGGAGGAGGUUGAUAGUGGGCUGACCUUUGCGGAGUUUGCGAGGGGGGUUGUGGCGAAGAACUAUUAG